GGGACCCACUGCAGGAACGCUGGGAGAAAGGGCUGGGGAAGAGAGGAGCAAGCCCCUGGGCUCCAGCAUUAACACCAAAGGGUUCCACUCUCCCUCACUGGGUCUCGAAAGCCAUUCUGGCUUCCUCAGCAACUACGGUGCCACCCCUUCAGUGCCUUAUUUCUUUUCAGUUACUGCAGAAGAGUGGCAGCUCCCCUUUCCAAGUGUCUGGACCUGGGGUUCAUGCAAGUCACUGCCACCACUGCCUUCUGUGGAGGAACAGAGGGAAGAGGAGGGGAGAGGGGAAAAAAAAAAAAGGAAGGAAGGAAGGAAGGAAGGAAGGAAGGAAGGAAGGAAGGAAGGAAGGAAGGAAGGAAGGAAGGAAGAAAGGAAGGAAAGAAGGGAGGGAGGAAGGAAAGAAGGAAGGAAUAGGGGAGAGAGAGGAGAUAACCCUUCCCCUCCUUUUUUUCCCUCUCCCUAGUCUCUUUGCACUCUUCCAUCUCUCUGCGCUUUUUGUUUCACUCCCUCCUCUUCCUCCACCUCCUGCACUACUGCAACCACUUCAGUCUCGGUAACUGAAUUUUUCUUCCUCCUCCACCCCUUCCUCGUUUUCUCCCUCCUCUUCCCCCUCCCCCCUUCUCUCCCCUUUUCUCCUCCCCUCGCUCCCUCUGCACCCUUGCACACCAGAGAGGAGCUGCUGUAAGAGAAGAGUGUGUGGGAGAACAGGAGAAGGAAGAGGUGGCGGUGGUGGGUGUGGGUGUGUGGAAGGACACGGACUCGCUUCUCGUUCUUGCUCUUGCAGUCGGCGAGGGAGCACAAGAAGACCCGGUGAGCAGCAGUAAGCGGAGUUCUGCUAGGAAGAUGCUGAAAGUCACCGUGCCCACCUCUUCCUCCUCCUCCAGUUCUUCUUCGACCACCACAGGGGUCGGGAUUACCUUGUCUGGGAGCGCCUCGGCCACUCCCGAUUAUUGGAUCGACGGCUCCAAUAAAGACUCUUUGGAUGAUUUCUUCGAGGUGGAGACGGAGCUGGGACGGGGUGCUACAUCAAUUGUCUACAAAUGUAUCCAGAAAGGAACACAGAAGCCUUAUGCUCUCAAAGUGCUAAAGAAAACAGUAGACAAAAAAAUAAUUCGAACAGAAAUAGGAGUCCUUCUUCGCCUUUCACAUCCAAACAUCAUAAAACUAAAAGAGAUAUUUGAAACACAAGCAGAAAUCAGCCUGGUUCUGGAAUUGGUCACAGGAGGGGAACUCUUUGAUAGAAUUGUGGAAAAAGGCUAUUAUAGUGAGCGUGAUGCAGCACAGGCAGUUAAACAGAUCCUGGAGGCAGUUGCGUACCUACAUGAAAAUGGAAUUGUCCAUCGUGAUCUUAAACCUGAGAAUCUUCUCUAUGCAACUCCAGAACCAGAUGCACCACUUAAAAUAGCUGAUUUUGGACUUUCUAAAAUUGUGGAGGAUCAAGUUACCAUGAAAACUGUAUGUGGAACCCCAGGAUACUGUGCACCUGAAAUUCUUAGAGGAUGUGCCUAUGGACCUGAAGUGGAUAUGUGGUCCCUGGGAGUAAUCACCUACAUCUUACUUUGUGGAUUUGAACCAUUCUAUGAUGAAAGGGGAGAUCAGUACAUGUUUAAGAGAAUUCUGAACUGUCACUAUCGCUUUGUCUCCCCCUGGUGGGAUGAUGUGUCUUUGAAUGCCAAGGAUUUGGUGAGGAAACUGAUUGUUUUGGAUCCUAAGAAGCGUUUGACCACCUUCCAAGCUCUGCAGCACCCUUGGGUCACAGGGAAGGCAGCUAAUUUUGUACAUAUGGACACUGCCCAAAAGAAACUCCAAGAAUUCAAUGCACGGAGAAAGCUUAAGGCUGCAGUGAAAGCAGUGGUAGCCUCAACUCGACUGGGGAGUGCCAGUAGUCACACCAACUACCUUCAGGACACCUGUAGGUCCAAUGUUACGCCAAUAUCCAAUGAAGACAGUGAAGGGAAAGAAAGCACAUCUCAGAAGGAAAUAGAAGCUCAAGAGGAAAGCUCAACUGAGGUAGUAAUUGCAAUAACAGAACCCCAAGAUGAAUUAGAAAUGAGAGACAAAAUGGAGUCCCAAAUAGAACCUGAGGCUGUAGCAGAAGCCAAAGCAGAAGUUCUCACUGGAGAAGGAGAAAUCCUAGACGUCAGUGCACAAGAAGAGGAAGGACCACAAGAGUCCUAAACUACCCCUUUCCAAAUAGAGGGCUGAAGCUAGUCACUUUCAUGCAUGGGCUAAUUUGUCCUUCAGCCAGGAAGAUCGUAAGUGUGACCCUCACUGUAGUGGUUCUGUUUUUGAGGUGCAAAACAAUGUGUAAUAAUACAUCAGAUGGUGAUCCUAACUCCAAUGCAUGUGACUGCUUAUGAAUAGUAGUGUCCACUAAUGGCAUGUAAUGGAUUACAUGUAAUGUUAUCUAAUAGCAACAAGUGAAAUUUGAAAGUGAGCAAACACAGCAUAACACUUAAACUUCAUGUAUAUUUGCAGAGGGCCAAAGUUAAUGUUUGAUGUGAAUCAUAUUUAUAUUUUCUGUUUGCAAAAUUUAGUCUUCUAAGGGAGAUAUCCAAUUUCUUUGGAAUGCUAGUUAUUUCUAUUGGCAUACUGGUCAUCUGCUACAUGUCGUUAUCAUAAAACUGUUUAAAUGUUUUUUAUUCAUAUGUAAAAACUGUUUACAAGAAGAUAGCAAAUAGAUAUACAGUAUAUGCAAAAACAUUCCAUAAAUUCUGGUAAGAAAUUGAAGCAUUACUUUCAAGGGCCAUGAAGCUAUAUGCCCCUCCAGCUUGUGUUGCGAAUGCCUUACUAUACCUUUAACUAUUUGUACACUCUAUAUUAUUAAUAACCAAAAAGCUCUUUCAUAGAAUUCUGCCAUUUCAUUAUCCCGGCAAAUUUUCAAUACAACUGGGGUGGUCCCUAUUCUUUUCUGAACCCUCAUUUUCUCUUUCAUAGGAAUCCUUUUGAAGAGAAACUCAUUAGAGGUUGAUAAGAAUUGGGCCUGUGUAGAGCAGUCAAAAACUACAGGCUCCUUGUCUUUUUUUUUUUUUUUUUUUGGUGAGGCAAUUGGGGUUGACUUGCCCAGGAUCACACAGCUAGUAAGUGUCAAGGGUCUGAGGCCGUAUUUGAACUCAGAUCCUCCUGAAUCCAGGGUCGGUGCUCUAUCCACUGCGCCACCUAGCUGCCCCAAUCCUUGUCCUUUUUUAAGAUAAAAUUAUACUCAUCCGGUAGUUUAUAAAACUAUGUAGCUAAAAAGGCAUUAAUUUUUAUGGAUAAGAUUACAAAGUAAUUACAAAAUUUUAAAUACUUAGAAAAAUCUUCCAAGGCUAAAUCUUAUGAAAGUAAUUUUUCAAAAUAAGGUCAUUAUCAACUUAGGAAACCUUUUUUUUUUUUUUUGCCAUUAAGUCAUUUUUCUCCCUUGUUUGUUAAACAGAUAUAAGGUUUAUGAACUAAAGUAUCUUGAACAAAGGUACUUUGUGUUUUUAUGCUCCAAACUAGUAGUUCCUGAAUUUCACAACAAAGUAUUUUUAAAGUGUCUAUAUUAGAGAUGUAACAAUAACAUAUUAUUUUACUUUUUUAUUGAAACAUUGAUCAUAAAUUAGAAAAUUGAGAUCCUAAUAUUCCUUUUAUUCUCAUUGUUUUAAUUUUAAAAGAAACCUUUUGAAGGUAUGAUAGUAAAUUUUUCCUUUUUAACAUAGACCUCAGUGAUUCAUAGAAAUUGGACUAAUAAACAUGUAUAAUUUUUUAAGUUAAAAUUAAAUUUUUUAUCAAGUAAAAUGCUUAUAUAUUUUAUAAGUUUAUUUAUCAUAAUCUAUUAUCUCUCUGGCAAAACUGAAAAAUCAAUUGACUACAACCAGCUGUAAUGAGACAUUUGUGUUUCCAAAUAAUGGUUUAGAGAAUGUUAUCCCUGCUCACUGCAUUACUACCAUUCACUAGUGGCUUUGAGCCUUUUUGUUAACAAUACAUCUUAUUAUGAAGUAAAUCCCUACAUGAAGAGCACAAUUUUAUGGCAUUAAGAAUAUGUGUAUUUGUAAAAACUGUAAUAUUAAAAGUGCCCCUUGCUGCAUCCUGGUCAUAUUUCACCUCAAAUGGCCAUAUACCUUUCCUAUCUUUAGCUUUUGACUCUAACUACAACUUUAAAAUCCUUGUUGAAUAAUCAAGUAAGUUUUCUGAUGUACCUAACUUUCAUUUCUUUUGGCCCUUCCUCUAAAACAUACAUUGGAAAAUAAAAAUACUUCACUUUC